AUGCAGCGUCCCACCUUGCACAAUGUACGCAUUCGUUCGACCCGAGAUGCUUUGCAAGUCUUCCACGGCGUCGCUUGCAACCGAUUGCCGUUGAUUACUCGACGCUUGGACGCUGAAGAGCGAAGGGCCAUCGUUCCUGGGAAUGUAUAUGUAUGGGAAGAGCGGGGGGCGAACACAGAGCCUACAGGACUUGGCAUGGAGCGUUGGACCGAUGGAAUGGGAUGGGGUCCAAGUCGGGUUCGAGACGAAUUCUUAUUUUAUCACCAAAAAGAGUCAGAUAUGAGUGACGACCUCGUCAACCCUGUAACGCCGUGGGCGCAGAUGAUGCGACCGGCCAGACAAUCAGGGAGGCCUUACGCUGCAUUAGAUCCUCGACCGCUUCCUGAGUCGGAACGACUGAUCAAACAAACCUACAGCGUUCACGUUUCUUUACCAGCUGAUCGUCCAAGGGGUAUUAUCCGCAAGUGGCAUUUAACCGCAUACUUUAGUCAACAAAGGCUCGAAGAGCUCAACACAAUUGAUAAUAUCAGGGGCGUUGGUGAUGUUGUUGUACCCGACGGUUGGUUCAGAAGCGCUCGCGCUGGAAAGGCGAGGCGGGAUAGCCGCGCUCACGCAAACAAUCCUCAGCCCGCUGAGAGUCCAACUCAACCUUCCUCACCCACAUUUGAUACUAUCCGCUCCACGCCGUCGAAUAACCAGCACAAAUAUUCGUCAGGUUCACACCACAAAUCAACGGCGCCGACCUCACCAUCGGCGUAUUCCAGCACCGCCUCUUCCUCUUCAGCUCAGAACAAAAGUCCUCAAGGGCACCCGCGCUCUCCAGCUCAAUUGGUCCCGCUCGAAUAUCUCCAAUCCAUUUCGGGUCCCCCGCGCGAUCCUAACGACGAGCUGCUGCUACGGAAGUUCUUCUCGUAG